GUCCGAAUUCAAUGAUACUUUCUCUACCUGGUGAGCAAGAGAAAGGAAAAACUAAUAUAUAAAGACCCCGCGUCUUCUACCUUUCCAAUCUACUUCAAUAGUCUUGUGAUCGUUCUGGACGUCAAAAAUGGCCGACAGAAGGACAUUGCGCCCGGCGAUAGGGAUUGACCUGGGAACGACUUACUCUUGUGUUGGAGUGUGGCAACAUGAUAGAGUAGAGAUACUAGUUAAUGAUCAGGGAAAUCGAACGACGCCGUCAUGUGUUGCGUUCGCUGGGACACAACGCUUUGUCGGUGAUGCCGCCAAGAACCAGGUCGCCAUGAACCCCAUCAACUCCAUCUUUGAUUCAAAACGGUUGAUUGGUAGGAGAUUCAGUGAUCCCUUGGUUCAGAGUGAUAUUAACUUAUGGCCAUUCAAGGUCAUUGAAGGUUCCAAUGACCAGCCUAUGAUCAAGGUCAAUUACAUGGGUGAAAGGAGGAUAUUUACUGCCGUGGAAAUCUCAUAGAUGGUCCUUCUCAAGAUGCGGAUCACUGCCGAGUCUUACCUGGGCAUGCCUGUAGAAAAUGCAGUUGUUACUGUCCCCGCCUACUUCAAUGAUGCGCAGCGUAAGGCUACAAUGGAUGCUGGCCGCAUUGCAGGCCUGAAAGUCAUGCGGAUUCUGAAUGAACCAACAGCAGCUGCGAUUGCUUAUGGCAUUGACAAGUUGGGUAGUAGCAUUCGUAAGAGAAAUGUGUUGAUCUUCGACUUGGGCGGUGGUACGGCAGAUGUCUCACUUCUUACCAUUGAAGGGAGUGAAUUUAAAGUGAAGGCUGUUGCCGGAGAUACUCACCUUGGAGGUGAGGACUUUGACAACAGAAUGGUUAACCAUUGUGUAGAAGUAUUUAAAAGGAAGCACAAGAAAGACAUAAGUGGAAACGCCAAAACUAUGAGAAGGUUGAGAACUGAAUGCGAGAGAGCUAAGAGAGUUCUUUCUUCUGCACUUGAUACUAAUAUUUCGGUGGAUGCACUGUAUGAGGGUAUUGAUUUCAGCUCAAAUAUCACUCGUUCCAAAUUUUCAGAACUCAAUAUGGAUUUCUUCAAGAAGUCUGUUAAGCUGGUGGAAAAAUGUUUGGCUGAUGCUAAGAUGGACAAGAGAAGUGUUCAUGAUGUUGUUCUUACGGGCGGUUCUUCCAGAAUACCAAAGGUCCAGCAGCUGUUGCAGGAAUUCUUUGACGGCAUGGAGCUUAAAAGGAGCCUGAACCCGGAUGAAGCCGUGGCUUAUGGAGCCUCUGUUCAAGCUGCAAUCAUGGCUGGUACGGGUAAUGAGAGAGUUCAAGACAUUGUGCUCGUAGAUGUCAUUCCUUUGUCCUUUGGGGUGGAGACUAGAAAUUGUACAAUGUCUGUGGUGAUUCCAAGGAAUACUACCAGUCCCACCAAGAUGACACGAAACUACACAACCGUCGAGGACAACCAAACUAGUAUUUUGUUCUCUGUUUACGAGGGUGAAAGAACAAGAGCUAAGGAUAAUUAUUUGUUGGGAGAAUUUAGGCUUUCUGGCAUUCCUGCUGCACCUAGGGGUAAGAUUACGGUCGUUGUCUCCUUUAAUAUUGACAUCAAUGGCAUCUUGAAGGUUUCUGCUCGGGAGAGCACCACUGGCGUGAGCCAAAAGAUCACCAUAACCAAUGACAAGGCGAGACUGCCCAUUGAAGAGAUUAAUAGGAUGAUCAAGGAUGCCGAGAAUUUCAAGGUUGAAGAUGAAAAGUACAAAGACAAGGCCAAGGCUAAGGGAGCUUUGGAGGAUUACGCCUACGACCUGAAAAGUAUUGUCAAAGAUAAGGAGAUUCGUGCCAAGCUUGAGCCCGAAAGUAAGAAGAAGAUUGAAGAUGCCAUUCGCCAGGUGACUCAAUGGUUAGAGGGUGUCCAGAGUGCCUCGGCAAAUGAGUAUAAGGAAAAGCUGAAAGUGACUAAAAAAGUCUGUGAUCCCAUCAUUGUGAAGAUCAAACAACAUAAGCAAUCGAGCAGCUCCUCUCGAAGAUAAUAGAGCUGACUGUUAUGAAUGCUAAGAGUCGGUCAAAUUGAACUCACUGCUAGUUGCAACGAUGUUGCCACUUUGUUUGUCCAACCUUUUAUUUGUCCAGUUUUAUUGCUGGUAUGUUUAAAUCUUGCACUGUUUGGUAUAGUUUGGAACGUUUAAAAUUUAUGCAUGGUUUGUAAUUUCUGGUUCUAA